GAGGAAAAGGGCUGGCGGGCAGAGGAGGCAGGCAGGGAGGGAGGGGCGCGCUCGGUGGCCUUUCAUUUUGCAGGCGCUGAAAAGGCAGACGGAUCAUUCCGUUUCAGAGCGGCGCUGGGAGGCUUUGGAGAGCCGCCGCUGCCGCCAUGCCGAAACACGAGUUCUUUGUAGACAUGACCUGCGAAGGAUGCUCCGGUGCUGUUACCCGUGUUCUCAACAAGCUGGGAGGUGUUCAGUUUGAAAUUGACCUACCCAACAAGAAAGUGAGUAUUGAGUCAGAGCACAAUGUCGACACUUUGUUGGAUACGCUGAAGAAAACUGGGAAAGAUGCCUCCUAUCUUGGAGAGAAGUAACCAUCUAGGAGGAUUGGCUGGUAGGGCUCCUCUGCUGCAGGAAAGCAAGGCUUAGCAUGGCUUCAGUGAGAAGGUUUAUGAGUCCAUCAGUCCUCUUCCUGUGACUGCACUUGCCCUGCCAGAUGUUGGAGAAGAAGGAAUGGGUGGGAAGAAGACUGCUUUUGGCAGGGAAAGAACUAAGCAAAAUCUUGACCUUGACAGAUGUCCCAAGUUAUCUCCCACAGAUGUACUGCUUAUGCAUUCUUCUUUUUGGCCUUGUAAUAAACAAAGGAGCUGCUUUAGUUUUCCUUUAAA